AUGUAUACGAAUCGUUUGUUGAAGCCACACGAAAUUGAAGAAAUUCUUCAGCAAAUCUGGAAACCUGAAAACAAUUUUCAAUUUCCAGUAACUUCAUUAUCUAUUGAAAACCAAUUGGAUUCUAGUCAUGCAAAACAAGUAAUGGAAAAUAGAAAAAACAUUAUUCCAAUAAUAGAAGCUAUACUUUUAUGCGGACAGCAAAACUUGUCAAUCAGAGGCCAUCGUGAUUCUGGUAAAAUUGAAGUAGAAAAUUCGGAACCCAGAGAAAAUGAUGGAAAUUUUCGUAAUAUUUUAAAGUAUCGAGCACUUGGUGAUGCCAAUUUAAAAAAAUUCCUUGAAAGUCCAGGUCGUAUUAAAUACAUUAGUCCCACUAGUCAAAAUGCCAUUAUUGAUGAUUGUAAUUCUGUUUUACUUCCUAAGAUUGUUAAUAGAGUAAAUAAAGCAAAAUGCUUUACUGUUCUUGUGGACGAAACGGCUGACAUAGCUGGAAUUGAACAAGUUUCCAUUUGUGCGCGCUAUGUAAAUCGUGAAACAUGUACAUUGCAUGAAGAUUUUUUACAGUUUGUACCGACAGCUGAUUUGACUGGUAAAGGAUUAGCUACCUUAAUACUGGACAACUUAAAACAUUUUGGAAUCGAAACACAGUAUCUACGUGGGCAAGGUUUUGAUGAAGCAGCUGCAAUGUCGGGUAAAUAUAAUGGUGUUCAAUAUCAUAUAAAACAAGCUCAUCCACUAGCCGUUUAUAUUCAUUGUUCUGCCCAUUCUCUCAACCUUGCUGUUUCUUCAUCAUAUGGUAUUCAAAGUAUACGAAAUUGUUUAAGAAUUGUUGGAAAACUUCGGGAUUUUUUUAUAUUUUCAAAACGUAAAGCUGUGCUUUCACUAGCUAUUGAACAAUCGGAAAAUGUGUUAUCAAAAAGAUCAUUAAAAAGAAGUUGUGAAACUCGGUGGAUAGAGAGAUAUCAUUCAAUAAAUGAUUUUUUGGAACUAUUCGAAAGCGUUGUAGAAGCUCUUGAUAUAAUUUCUGAAUGGAAUGAUACAUCUGACACCUCACAUAAGGCACAAAGUUUAAGAAAUUCGAUUUUACAAUCAGAAUUUAUUAUAGCAUUGCAUGUAACAUCAAAAGUAUUUGGAUUUGGGCUACCAAUGUCGAAACAAUUUCAAAAGAUCAAUAUUGAUCUGAAGAUGGCCAUGAGUUUGGCUCAAGAUACAUCGGACGAACUAAAUGCAUUUAGGGAAAACGCUGAUAGUGAGUUUCAUGAAAUUUUUAUAAAAGCAAAAAAUAUUGCCAACAAAUUUGAAUCACCUUUAAAGAUACCAAGAAUAUCUAAUGUUCAAAAAAAUAGAAUGAAUAUUAAAACUGACGACCCCGAAAAGUACUAUCGCAUAUCCAUAUUUAUUCCAUAUAUUGACUCAUUUAUUAAUCAGCUCAAAACUAGAUUUAUUGACCAUAAAACUAUUUUAAAUGGCUUUCAAUCACUUUUUGACACAAAAGGAAGUGAAGAUGAUUUUAUAAAAUUAAUUGAUACAUACAAAGAAGAAUUCAAUUCACCUACAUCAGUUGUACUUGGAGAGUUCAAUUUAUGGCAAAGAAAAUUAAGUAACAUGAACGACAAGCCAAAUAAUGCAAUUGAUGCAUUGAAUAUAUGCAAUAAAGACAUGUAUCCUGGUAUAUUAAAUUUGCUUCAAAUUCUAACAACACUCCCUGUAUCGACUGCGUCAAAUGAAAGAACAUUUUCGAAAUUAAAGUUAAUAAAAAUGUACUUACGUAAUACUAUUUCUGAAAAUAGACUUAUUGGAUUGUCUAUGAUGUCCAUUUAUAGAAAAGAUUCUCUCUUACCAGAAGACAUUUUAGAUGAACUUAGUAAAAAAAAAAGACGUUUAGAUUUUAUACUUUAA